AUGAGAUCUAGCCGAGUGAAAGAGGAGAAAAAUGUCGAAGUUGGCGCUGUUGUCUCUGUUAGUGGGUAUGCUGGCCUUCGUGGCUGCCACAUCCCCUCCUGGACCCUGUCAGUUCGUCUCUUCACAGAUCUCAUUCCAUUCUGUCGGAACCCAUUUCGACGAUGCGUUUUCGUUCGUCUAGCAUGCCCACGGAGCUGCAACGUCUGCUGGAGACAGAGGAUCGCUCGUCCCCCCGUCUGCGGGACGGACGGGAGGACCACGAGGAGCUUCGACACGGAAUGCGACAUGAUCUGCUUGGGCUGUGACACCGGGGUCGCGUGGAGAGUCAUCAGCCGUGGAGGGCCUUGCGAUUCCGAUGCCGUUCCGUUCAGGAGGAAGCGACAGACCCCGACCAGUCAAUUCCCCGAGUGCGAGGGAACCUGCCGUUGCAAGCUGAGGAAGAUCUUUUUGCCUCCCGUCUGCGCCGUCAACGAGGACACGGGGGAGACCCAGGCAUUCCGCAAUUCCUGUUUUCUCAAUUGUCACAACUGCGAGACCGGAGAAAACUGGGAGCAAACAGACAAUGGACGAUGCUGAACGAGCGCUGCCAACGGAAAAUCGUUCUCGAGCCGACUCUCAUUUCUCUUCUAAACUGAUCGUGCCUUUUUUUUUUACUAGUCCUGGAAAUGCUUGUCUUUUAAUUAAUAAUACCACUCUUCACACUAAGA